AUGGAUCUGACCACACCGGCGCCGGCUUCGGGGUCGCAGCCCCCUGAUGGCUCUGACGGCGAUAUCCCGUCGUGUCAGGGCUGUCGGCGCCGCAAGCUGCGGUGUUCUCGCGACCAGCCCAUAUGUUCCCACUGCAAGCGGUUGGACUCGCCAUGCGUGUACGAUUUGAAGAAGAACAAGCCGGGUAUCAAGCCCGGAGCGGUUGAGAGUCUGAAUCGCCGAGUGGAGGUUUUGGAGAAUGCUCUAUUGCAAAAGUCUAGCGAAGGAUCCUAUCCGACCUCAAAUGGCAACGGCAACACAGAGUCGCACAGCGCGCCGGCCGAGUCCCAGAACGUGGUCGGAAUUCUGUCCUUACUGGCGCGUGAGCUACACAAGCUGAACUCGAAGACCAAAGCUGGCUCUCAAGCUGGUACACCUGAAGGGGCAGCUGAGCAUGCAGUGUUCUCCCCAACAACGUCCAGCUCUUCUAGGCGGAACACCAUCGACGGAGUCGAGAUUGUCUCACAUCCUCACAAUCAACCAAGAAAGCGUCGGAGGGUCGAUAGCUGCGGCAAUCCCAACAUCGAUCUGGCCUUUCCCUUGGAAGACUUGGAGAACAUCACAACAAGCCUGCCGCCGCCUGAAUUAUUGGAAGACAUCAUCAAUAUCCACUUCAACAUCAUUCAGCCCUGGAUUCCAAUCCUUCACGAGACACAAUUUCGUAGGCGGGUGCACGACCCGGAACAGCUGCCCCGCUUGGUGGUUGUCCUCCAUGCCAUGGUAGUUGCAGCUCUUCGAUUCGUCGACAACUCGGAGAUCAGACUCUCGGCUCUCGAAGUUGAGCGCCGGACAUCACGGUCAAGGAACAUUGUCAUACUUAAUGCCUUGGAUCACCUUUCGGUCGAGAACCUGCAAGCGCUAGUCAUCCUAGCCUUCAAUGAUAUCGGAAAUGGAGAUGCGUCAAAAGCAUGGUCAAUUGUCGGCUCUCUCACAAGGACUGUCGAAUACCUUCAAAUGAGUAUCGAAGCCGAUCACCAAGACAAAGAACCUCUUCUGAAGCCGUUACCAUCAAUACCGCCGCCCCAGAAUUGGACCGAAGAAGAAGAACGGCGGCGAGUGUUUUGGAAUAUCUUCAACCUUGAUAGGUUCUGCUCCGUGACAACUGGAUGGAACACAAGUCUGACAUCCGACGACGUUUACCGUAGGCUUCCGGCCGACGGUGGCCUUUGGCAUAAGGAAGAGUCGGUUAUCACUCCCUUCUUUGGUAUUUGGGAUCGAUCAGCCGCCAAGAUGGGCAACUCCAUCGCCUUCCUACCGGCACAUUACCCCAGUCCGGAGCAGACGGCGGAUGCGCCACCACAAACUCCUAUCACUGCCCAUCCUCGUAAAGGUCCCAACACGGUCGACAUGACAACAGUCGGGGCGUUUGCGUACUGUAUAGAAGCGACCGAGUCUCUUAGCAGAGUCACGACAUACUUUCUUCAACAGAAGAUCAACUUCCUGGAUAGACAGGAAGUCAGCAGCUGGCUUACUCGAUUCAAGGAGUUGGAUUUGCGUCUAGUGCACGCCGAAACGUGCCAGGAAGCCGCAGUCGAGACGACAACCAUCACGGAGAAGUACUUGAAGUACACUCCCGAAAACAGCCCGGCUACCAGCCAAUUCGCCUUUUGCGUCUUCAUCAGCGCCAGAGUACUCCUCGUCCAUUGGCGGUACUACGACGCAGAGCUUGCUCCCGAAUUCUGGACCCUGGUUGAAAGCAUGGAAGAGAUGGCCAAGCGCUGGGUCGGACCUAUCCUCAAAGAAAAGCACGCCCAAUGUCUCGCUGGUAAAUACGCUGCACAGCUCCGCGACCUCCAUCGCAAGUGCCAAGCGGAUCCCCAGUUCACCGUCGAUGUCUUGGGAUACUCUAGCGGUGUUACCGGUCAGGGGUGCAGUCCUGCUGCUCAAACGCCAGCUUUCAGCCACCAGCAGGGUAACGCCUUGUUUGCGCAGAGCUCCAAUAGGAUGGCGCCGCCCGUCUCAAGUCCUUUGGCACCGAACCAGACGACAGGACUAUCGCAACCUCGACCGCCGCCCAUUUUCUCAAAUCAGCAGCCGCAGGGCCAGAUGAGGCAGGGCUCGAUGAUGGGUCCCAUGGGAUCCCCCAUGCCGAUGACUGGGUUCACCCCGAGAGAUUCGGAUGCGCCUGACGAGCUUUCUGCUAUCUCUCACAUGUUGAUGGAUCAGAGAUUCAUGGAAAUGGACAGGAUCAUCAGUUUUGACGACAUGAUGUUCACAGCGCAAACCGCGAACAAUGGUAAUGCAACUAUGCCAGUCAACGGCUGGGGACCUGUUGAUAACACACAGCUGGAAUGA